GGUACUCCAAGUAACUUUAAAUUUCAGCAAAAUGCCCAGACUGGUAACCUGCAGAAGAAGCUGGGUCUUCAGAAGCUAAAAGAUAACAGAGAUUCUCAGAGAUGCAGGUCGUCUGUGUGGGAUUGUUCCUUUUCAGCGUGACCUGGGCGGCACCCACAUUUCAACCCCAGAAUGACAAAACUCAGCAAGGCUGUGUGGAAGAACAGAGGAUAACAUACAAGGGCCACCACGAGAAACAUGGGUAUUACAUGUUUAAGUAUGUUUAUACAUCACCUGGGAAGAAAAAUCAGACUGAUGCAAAGCAGGAAGAACAAAACAAAAGCAAUAUUGUUUCCCAACCUUCUAACAUGAAAAGAAAUCAAGAGCCUUCGCCUAAAGAAAACACUGCCCUGGAAAGGCCAAAAGAUACGUCCCUUUCUGAAGCCAGUGAAAAGAAUCAUAGUGGUAAAUCCCAGAAUCUUUUUGCAAGUAGACAGACACUGAACGAAGGCUAUAUCAGUAAAAAAGAGAACACUCACAAUGACGUACAGAUGCCCAUUUAUUCUAAUGCCACUGGAGACCAAGAGGCUGAGGGUGGAGAUGAUGCUGCCAGCAGGCUGCAUGACCAAGAAGAAUAUGGGGCAGCGCUCACCAGAAAUCAAAUGCAACAUAGAAUGGGGCCAGUGACUGUGACCAAACUCGUGGGGAAAGGCAGCAAAGAGAACAAACCUAGGAACGCUCUCAGCAGAAUGCCAGCAGGUGCAAACCAUGCAAGAGCCCACUGGAAAGGUAAAAAGAACCAUCGAAGAGAUAAGCAAGCUGAAAACAGUCCAGGAGACAGCAAAAGCCCUCAUCAUCGCCAGCAGAACACUGACUACCUGAAACAGCUCCCCAAAGUCAAACACGUCCCCAGUGAUUUCGAAGGCAGCGGUUACACGGAUCUUCAGGAGAGAGGGGACAAUGCUUUUCCUCCUUUCAGUGGGGAUGGCCAACCUUUUAAGGACACUGCUGGUAAAGGAGGAGCUAUGGGGCCUGACCAGGAAGGUGCAGACAUUCAAACUGGGUUUUCUGGCCCGAGUGAGGCAGAAGCUGGGGAUCUGGACACACGAGGGCCAGGAUAUAAUGAGAUCCCAGAGAGAGAAGCCAAUGGCGGGGACACUGUUGGAGCCAGGGAUGAAAACGCUGAAGUGGCAGGUGCUGCUGGUGCGAGCCUUGUGGAGGGCAGCAAUGACAUCCUGGGGACGACCAAUUUUCAGGAACUCCCUGGAAGAGAAGGAAACAGAGUGGAUAAAGGGGGCCAAAAUGCUCACCAAGGGAAAGUGGAGUUCCAUUACCCUCAGCCACCCUCCAAAGAGAAAAGAAAAGAAGGCAGCAGAGAUGCAACAGAAAGUACCAAUUUUAAUGAAAUCCCGAAAAAUGGCAACGGUGGUACGAGGAAAGGUGCCGACCAUUCUCACAGGAGCCCAGCGACCUUCAAUGACAAGCAAAGGAUUUCCAGUAAGGGUGGAAGUCGGGGCUCACUCAUUCCUUCGGAUGGGCUAGACAAUGACAUAGGGUCUCCACAUCACCCUAACAAUGAGGGGAAGAUGAUAACACCCCACAGAAACAACCAUUAUGUGCCCCAUGGACAAAAUAAUUCUAUACGGAAUAAAGGUAUGUCUCAAAGGAGAGGCUCCUGGGGUUACAGAAGAGCCCAUUCCAAUAGGAGUGUGAGACCCUGGAAAAAAGAUGACAGCAGUGACAGUGACAGUUCGAGUGAGAGUGAUGGUGACUAGUCCACCGGGAACUCCCAGCUGGGUGAUGGUUUGAGUACUAGUCAGCAGCAGUUGAUGGUGGAGGACUCAGCCACCUGCGGCAGAGCAGAUGAAGAGAAGACAGAGCAGGGGACUGAGCAAGCCAGGAGGUCUGGUCUCCUUGGGGGAAUUGGAGCUAUUUCAAUGGUCAUAGUGUGAAAUUGUAUUCAAAAUUAUAAUGCUUUUCUUAAGACAAUUUUAAAAAAAAACUUAUUAAUGAUGUAUAGAAUAAGGAACAUUUGAAUAGGUGUCAUUUUAAAAUUGUUUGUAAAUGUCACAAAUG